CGAGUCGGCAACAUCUAAUCGAAAAUCGAUAAUAAUCGUCGCAUCGUCAUUUACGCUCAUAUUCACCUGCUGCGGCCUUAAUUUCGCCUUCGGCGUGUUUCAAGAGCUGUACGAUGCCAUGUCACAGAAGCCCGGAACGCCUUUCACGGGUGCCACGCCGGCACUGAUCGAUCUUAUCGGCACAAUCUCCAUCUCGCUGAUGACAAUCGGUGCACCAUUUGUCGUAGCUUGGGCUAAGCACUUCUCACCGCGCUGGGUGUCUUUCAUUGGAGGCUUCAUUUUCGGGCUUUCCUUGAUUUUGGCCAGCUUUGGGACCGCACUUUGGCACUUUGUGCUCACUCAAGGCCUGCUUCUCGGACUAGGCACCUCGAUGCCGUAUAUGGUCGCCGUGACCGUUGCCCCGGGAUGGUUUACGACGCACCGGGGCCUAGCAAUGGGGAUAAUUCUAGCCGGGACAGGCGUCGGAGGUGUGGUUUGGGCUCCGGUAAUCAAAGCGAUGAUCGACUCCCUUGGCUUUCGAAACGCUCUUCGCGUAUCCGGGGUCAUAUCGUUCGUCAUGGUAUCAUUAUCCAGCGCAACCAUGGCCUGGGAGCCGCAGACCCUCGCUCGCAUCAAUGCCGAGAACGCCUCUAGGGCCGGCCAUCUUCGAGGUAUCCUGCAGGUGCCCCUAAUUGACUGGCGCGUGGCGAAGACACGCAAGUUCGCCGCUCAGGGGCUCGGUGCCGUCUUCCAAGCCGCAGCGUACUAUACGCCUGUGUUCUUCUUCGCUUCGUACGCUUCAACCCUUGGAUACAGCGCCACAGCCGGAGCGAACUUUAUCGCGCUGAGUAACGCGUGCAAUGCCAUCGGCAAGGUCGUCAUCGGUUAUUUCGCGGACCGCCUAGGACGUCUCAACACGCUUUUCUUGACUACGUUCAUCAGCGCAGCCAUCACGAUUGGUUUCUGGGUUCCGUCGACAGUAUACGGGUCCACGGACAACUCGCGCGGCUUAUUCAUCAGCUUUGCUGUCUUUUACGGUCUAUUCGCCAGCGCGUAUGUCUCAUUGUUCCCGGCUAGUCUCAUCGAGAUUUUCGGAAUGCAAAACUUUGCUUCUGUCAAUGGAGUGCUGUAUAUGGUUCGCGGAAUGGCAACUCUAGUUGGUACGCCGGUCGCUGGCGCCUUGAUCCAUAGCGGCACGGGUGUUUUGCCACACGGUUAUGUUAAUAUGGCCGUGUUGGUGAGCGUGCUGCUUUUCGCUGCUAGUGUUGCCGUGUUUUGGAUUAGGCUUGAAGCAAUGGUUGGACCAAGUGGAAAAAUGAGUUUGAAAUGGAGGAUGUGAUAACUAGGUAUACAUCUUUAAAUAGAUUGUUGGCACUAUAAAGUGACAUAACUCGUCAUCUAAUAAAAUACUUUAUAUGUGGCAUAACAAGCUGUCUAACGUAAUAGUUGUUGGAUUUUUAAAAUAUAAAGAAAGCCAAGCUUGGGAGAAUCAUG